AUGUUCCAUGGACAGAGGAUAUCACGUCGUUUAGGUUACACGAAGGACAUUACAUUAUCGGCUUUCCCGGCCGGGAUUCAGGUGCGCAAGACGAACUUUGUUUGGACGAUGAUUUUGAGACGUCCGGUCUCGUCAGAACCGUCUGCGAACUUCGACUUUGUUAACGUCGAGUACUUGAGCGGGAAAUGUGUCAACAUCGUAAUUCCUCUCAUUUGGUGGAGUAUUCGUAUACGGGAUGGGAGACUAUGGAGAGGGGGUGACUCUGUCCAUUUCUUCCUAAUUGCCGUAAAAAAAGGGCCCGGAAGAUGCGGCGCCGCACAAGGCUGGCGCGCUCCAGUCGAACUCCUUGUAGAAAAUAGUGCGCCAGAACGCCUGAAGCCGUGUAUAGACGGUUAA